AUGAUGGCAAAGAAGGUUGUAGCAGCACUGCAAGUUGGAACUAGUCCUGGGGGAACACAGGAAACUCUUGAAAAAAUACUCUCGUAUGAAAAAGAGAUCAUUGAAGCAGGCGCGAAGCUGAUUGUAAUCCCAGAAGCAACACUAGGGGGCUACCCCAAAGGAUCCAUUUUUGGAACGUAUCUAGGCUACCGACUGCAGUCAGGUCGGGAAGAGUUUAGACGUUACCACGAACAAGCAAUUGAGAUUGGGAAAGGCGAUGCUUACCCAGAAAUUGCACAACUCAGCAUGCUAGCUAAAAGAACAGACGCUACGGUCGUUUGUGGCUGCAUUGAACGGGAUGGUGCAACCUUGUAUUGUACCAUGGUAUAUAUUGAUCCAGUCCAAGGCCUUGUGGGAAAACACCGGAAACUCAUGCCCACGGCCGGCGAAAGAUUGAUCUGGGGCCGGGGGGAUGGCUCUACCCUCCCUGUUGUUGAUUCGGCUGUGGGAAAGCUGGGUGGAGCCAUUUGUUGGGAGAACAUGAUGCCAUUGUUGAGGUAUGCUAUGUAUGAAAAGGGAGUGGAAGUGUGGUGCGCACCAACAGUAGAUGAAAGAGAUAUUUGGAGAACAGCUGUUCAAAAUAUUGGAUAUGAAGGCCGUGUUUUCGUUGUGAGUGCUGUUCAGUUUAUGCCAGACGCAAAGACUAUGGGACUUGGCGAGGAGUUUGGUGAAGAGGGAAUGAGAAGAAUGCCGGGAAAGGGUACGGACGGUUCCGAAAAUCUCAUCAACGGAGGAAGUGUAAUAAUCAAUCCCUAUGGAGAAAUAAUUGCAGGUCCACUCUUGGGGAGAGAAGGCCUCUUGGCCGCCGAGAUCGACACAAGCUUAAUUGUUGAAUCCCGCUUUGAGUUUGAUCCUACCGGUCACUAUUCAAGAGGUGACGUGUUUCAACUUACGGUGAACGAAAAGAGUCACGAUACUGUUUUUAUUAAGUAG